AAAGAGAUACAACACUUCGCGCAGGGCGAAGAAGCAAAGCAAAGGGCAAAAUUCAUAAACAUAACAGUAAAGAUAGUGUAUAGCCGGGCGUGAAAUGUAAUGAAUCGGAUUCAUGACGUGACGUGUUAUCAGGGCCAGCCCAAUCCCAACUGCGCAGCAGCAGCGACAGCAACAACAAUAACAACAACACAUCAAGCUGAAUCGAAGGAGCGUGUAAUCAGUAAUCAGAGUCGCUUGUUUUGAUUUCCUUUCCUCGGAAACGAAUCAACACGAAACGAGACGAGACGAUUCGAAACGAAAUGAAAUCAAAACUCCGCUCCGGAUAAAGCUGGUCAAACCAAUCAACUUGUUGCGGAUCCGCAGCGUCGCCCAGUAUUGAUUUGGCGCAUAUUGCCGACAGUUGUGGUUCCGAUUUCGAUUCCCAGCCAGCUGUCUCUCUGCCCAUAUAUUUCAAUAUACGACGGACGCUUCUCCAAAAGCCGAUACAAUACUGUGCGAUACCAUAUUUGUAUUCGUUUCUCAUUCGUUGACGGGCGAGGCGGUGGAGGCGGCGGUGGAGGUUAAGAAGAAGAAGGAGAGGUCGUCGACAACGGAGCAGUAGAAGAAGGAGGAGGUGGUGGACACCAGACCAAAGCGGAAUUGACGCAAUUGUUGAGAACUAUUUUUAAUGGUCAGCGGGUCGAAAAUGUACAAAACUCAUCAAAUAUUCAGAAGAAGUAGGCAAUAAGGUGAGGAGGCAGUGAUUCGGAAGUCCCGAAUCGAAGUCAAUCGGCCGAUGGAAUCAGAGGAGCACGCUGUGGACGCCAUGGAGAAUCGCCGUUUGCCACUGUUUCCCAUCGAACCGGAGCCAUCCGUAACGGCAACGCAACGCCUAACGCUCCUUGCCACCCGACUACUACGUGCAUUGCAAUUAAAUUGGAGGAUUAUUGUUUCGGGCAUCACGCUUACAUUGCUGGCCGUCAUCUGGUAUUAUCCCACCUUCUUUCUGUUCUUCGCCUUUGUGGUCUAUUCCCUGGUCUUGGUUUUUGCGGCUGUGGCGGGAACCGUCUAUAUCCAUUAUAUAUUCACCACCAACGAGCCGACGCCACCAAGUCGCGUGCCCUCGCGAUUGCUCUACAAUGCCACCAAAAGCAACAUCUUCGAUCUACCCAAGCCCAUCAAGAAUCCAUCGAAUUUGCCCCUGAUUUUCGGCAAAACAGUGGACCUGCAGCUCCAGCAGAUCAUUGAAUAUGUGCUGCGCGAUUUUAUGCUGCCCUGGUUGGGCUACGUGGUCACCAAGCCCAAGCUGAUCAACGAUGUGGUGCGCGAAGAUCUGUGGAACGCGAUACAGAAGAUCCAUGAGCGCGCCCUCAGAAUGGACGCCGCCAAGAUCAUAGCCGUGGACAUGGUCAACCGGGUGACAGUGCAUCUGGAGAAGAUUCGCAUCGCUGAGGCCAGAGCAGCUGAAACCAACACGCCGCCAGUUUUUAGUACAAACUCGUACCUCGCCGACGAGGAGAAGGAGAUGGAGUUCCUGCGCAAGCUUUGCGAGAUUAUGGUGAUCCUGCUGCUGCCACGCGGUUAUUCCCUGCCCCCAUUGAAGGUCUUGCUCAGCGAGAUUCUCUCCUACAAGAUUUUCUUUCCGAUGAUCAAAAUGCUGACAGCACCGGACUACAUCAACCAGAAGGUGGUCCAAAACAUUGAAACUCGCUUGGCAGCGGCGGCCAUGAGCAAGAGAAGCUACGAGUAUGCAGCCAGCUUCGAGGAUUUCCUCAAAAUCAUCAACAACUCGGGCAACCUCGAGGAGCUCUCGCUCAUCCGCAAGAGCAUAGUAAACGAUCUGAUGCAUGCUACUACCAUGCAGAAUCUACAGCGUGCCAAAGGCCUCGAUCCGGAUCACGAGGACCACUCGCUCUCCAAGUCGGAGCUCACAGCCGCCGUCCGACUGAAGCGCUACGUACGCCAACUCACAAUGGCCAAGGGCGAGUGCGAGAAGAAUCUGGCCAAGUUCGGCUGGAAUGGCAAUUACUCGAGUGAUAUUGACCUAACACUGGUCGAGAUCCUAAACACUGCGGUUGGCCGGCGCUACUUCACCCUGUUCCUGGAGCCGCUGAAGGCUAGCGCUCUGAUUGGUUUCUACCUGGCCGUGGAGGAGAUCAAGCACGCGCACAAGUCGGCCAGCCAUCAGCUGGGCACGGAGAUCUUUUACACCUACAUCAGAGUGCCCAAGUCAGAGAUCCAGAUUGACAAGCACGAACGCAAACUGAUCGAGACGUUCCUGCUGGGAGAUGCCGAGCCUGACAUCUUCUAUGACAUCCAGCGCAAUGUACUACGCACGCUGGAGGAAAAGUACUAUCCGCCAUUUGUGCUCAGCGAUCAAUAUCGUCAGUUGAAGGAGGCAUUGGACUCCAAUGAGAUUGCAGAUCCCACGCUGCUAAUGUGUCACACCAUUGGCGAUGUACAGGAGCCGCUGGCGGAUGAGCAACCGGGCGCGGCGGAUGGACUAAAUGGCGGAGCUGGUGGUGCCAUCGAUGUGGCCGCCCACACAUCCUAUGCACGACGAAAAUUGGAACAAAUACAGGAACGGAUUGAUAAAAAGAAUCAGGCGCUGGACGCCCUCAAAUAUUCCGUGAAGCCGGAGUCCAAGGUGCUGACCAUUCUCGAAAAGGAGAUGGAGUGGCUGAAGAGCGAGAAGCGACAGACAGAGGCGCAUUUGCGUCGCACGGACGCCUGGACAGAGCAUCUGGGCAAGUGGAAGGCUACCAUCCAAAGUGUAGAGGUCUCCGAUGAGAAAGAGUCCUUGCAGUUUAUGAUCUUGGUUCAUGUGGACGAGGAUAUUAAUGCCCCAGUACAACCGACUUCAUCCAAAAACGGUGACAGCGGCCAUGCCAAUCUACGUAAGCGACCGUCGGGCAUUUCCAGUGGUUGGGUAGUAAUGCGCUCCCUUAAUCAAGUCCAUGAACUACAACGGAAGCUGAGACACGUGAGCUCUAACCUGAAGGCCAUCGACCUGCCUACGAACUUUAAGUUCUUUUUUCUGAAAACAGAUCGUCAUGGUCAGGAAAAGGCCAAGUCACAGAUUCAGAAGUUCUUGAAUUUUAUCCUGGAGGACGAUCAUUUGAAUGGCAGCGAGGCCAUCUACACGUUUCUUAGCCCAAGUUCCGACCACCUGAAACAAUCGCUGCCCUCGCCAAAGAAGUCCAAAUUCUCGCUAUCUACGCUAUUCCGCAGCGAUGCUGGCAAAGCUCACGAGGCCAGCAAGGCAACCGAUCCGUUUUGGGGUCUGCAGCGCGAUGACGAGGAUAUAUCUACCUAUUUAGACGGCGAGUCCGGCGGUGAGGCUAAAAUGCUAGCAGCGGAUCUGGAUAGCAAGGAUUCGAUAGCAGAACCGAUGUACGCUCUAAUGGGCGAAAUCUUUGACAUGGGCGGAGUUUUCAAGUGGUUGCGUAAGAGUCUCAUCUCGUUUGUGCAGAUCACAUACGGCCGUACGAUCAAUCGACAGAUCCGCGAAUCGGUGGCCUAUCUCUUUGAGGAGUCUAUGCUGCACAACUACUUUUCGGCCAUCCUCAAGUCAUUUUGGCCAGGCGGAGUUCUUGCCUCCGCCUAUCCGACGCGAUCGGAGGAUAUGCGCGAAAUGACCACCACGGCGGCCAAGGCCCUGCUCACCGAUCACAUACCGGAGGUACUGUGCAACCUGGUCGGUGCACAGGCUGCCAAACGGGGUGUCCUUAAGGUUUUCGAUGCCCUGCAGAAUCCCGCCUACAACAAGCAGCUAUUCUACGAGCUGCUGGAGAUACUUAUGAUUGAGUUCUUUCCUGAAAUCCGACAAUUGCGCGUCAGCAACUCCAAUGGAACCAAGUUAAAUACGGCUACUGCUGGAGCGGCAGCUGCAUCCGCCGCUGCGGCACUGGUGGCUGCCACGGCAUCAGCUUCGCUGCCCUCGCUUAAUCAUAGUGGUGGGGGUCACAGUGCAUCCACGGGGGGUCACCAAAACCAUCAGGGAUCCUCGUCGGCCAGCGGAUCCUCAGCUGGCGCGAGUGGCGCCACCGGUGGUGGUGCCGCCUCGCACCACCAAUCGCAUUACCACCACGGAUCCCACCACCACCAGCAGCAGCAGCACCACCAUUCGCAAGCGGGCAGUUCGAAGUGAAGUGAACUUAAGAAGAACCACUUCGUUUUAGAUUUUACUUUAACCUAAACCCUUUUUUUUAUUUAUGUUAUGUUUUGUUUGAUUUUAUGUUCAAUGUUUAAUGCUCUCCCUCUUUCUAACCGGUGGAUAUUGUUGAUUUAGCCGAGGAAAGGGAUUACAAAGAAUAGUUAUGUAGAACACAACACAACUCAGUAGUACCAGUAUCAUUCCCUGUACAAAUGCAGACUUACAAUCCAUAUGAAUUCAGUUCUUGUUGAUUCGUUCGUCCAUCACUUCCUGUAGCCAGAUUUGUUUGUUAUGUGUAUAUGUCUGUACAUAGGUCAGUAUUAAGCGUUGUACCAAAUCGUUGUUUAUAUACUCGUAUAGUAAAUUGUGACACUCAGUUUGGAUUGAUUUUAAUUAUAGUUUAGUAGCAGAUAUUGAGCCCAAAGUUGCGUCUGCAGCUGGCGUUGAGUCGGUGCUUGUGAUUCCCAUGCCGCGCCAGCUGUAGAUCCAUCCUCCCCCCAAAAAUAUUAUAGAAACACAACAGGUGAGAUUAGUUUGAGGCAAGCUAAUGGGCGUCCAGAACAGUGCGUUCCAUGGCCAUAAAGCAACUUCCGUAUUGACACACAUUGUAUUCUUUUUCGAAUUUGUAUUAAAAUGAUUCAAUUGUUGCACAUCGAUAACCAUCAAUUAAAAAUUGUAUUUGAAAUUUCCUAAUUGACCAAAAUUGGUAAUGGUAUCAAAUAAUCUUAAAGACUAAGCGUUGAUUGAGGCUGUCUUAAAAAACAGAACGUUUGAUAACACAAUAAAACAGUCGCAAGUCAGGACUUUAAAGAAGCAUUAAUCCUUAAGCAUUUGUGGUUAUCCAAAUGCAUUUUGAUACCAUGUUAAAACACACAACUCGAAAUUACAACAUUUAGAAUUGACCCAAAAUCAGUUUUGUGGACCUGAAACGCCCCGUAGACACCCACCCACCACCACCACGACCCAAAGACACCGGCACCUUCUGUAACACUAGGCAAAAUGACACUUAGAUGAUUCAUCCCCAAUGAGCCAAACGUAUCCCACUUAGGACCCACAUUAAGAGUUUCGAGGCGCUUUCAAUCUAUUUAUGUAUUGCAGUUGUACACUUUUAUGUG